AUGCCGCAAUAUCACCUGUCGCAGUGUCGCAUUCACGGAAAACGGAACAACGCACCUAAGCUUCUCCAUGCGUUCAUGUUCUUCGCCCGCCUGCGUGUCAUGAUCGGCCGCAUCAUUCGCGAACCAUUCUCCAGUUCGCCAGAUUCGUUAGCGGCUGCCUCUCACGUGCCCAACGUCUGCCUAAUUGCCUUGUGCACCGACCAGCGGUUGAGUCGGAAAACGGGGCAAGUGCUGGCCUUACCGGACUUACGCGGCGUUUUGAGAGUGAGCCUCAGGAAUCAAUUCGAAUGA